CAUCACGCAUGCAUCAUCUGCGUGUGACGCAAAUUGUUAGGACUGCUGUUCAAUAAUGGGUGAGAUGUAUGAAGCGCGUUACUAUGUUCUUAAAAAAGUCUGGGAGGCUGCAACCUGUGUUGUAUAAGCACAUGAAGCAACAGAGUGCCUGUCUGUGGCUCGUCGACUGAGCUGUCUGUCGCUCGCUCGGGUUCGGUUCUCGGUCGAGACAAUACGCACGAACUGACGUGAGUGCCGAGCACAACCCUUACGUCGGUGAGCACAGACCCGGUCAGAGUAGAUGGGAUCGCUCGUCCUCCGAGUGGUGAGAAAAUGGAGAGGUUUCUGUCGCCUAACGCGCCGCUGCUCAUCCUCAGCUGCCUGGGUUUCUCACGAGUCUUUGGGGACAGCUUAGCUGCUCCCUUCAAUGUGACCCUCAGGGAUCUGAAGGCCAACUCUGCCGUGGUGACAUGGGACAUCCCAGAGGCAGACUUUGCCAUCGGCUUCGCUAUCACACAGCAGAAGAAAUAUGGACGCAUGCUGCGCUUCAUACAGGAAGUGAACACCACCACAAACUCCUGUGCACUAUGGGACUUGGAGGAGGAGACAGACUACAUUGUGCACGUCCAGUCCAUCGGCAUGCUGGGGCCCAGCCCGCAGAGCAAACCCCUGAACUUUCGGACGCCCAAAGAGGCCGAGACGCUGGCCUCCGAGAGUAACGACGAGGUGACCAUGGAGGAGGUGGGCCAGAGCGCACAGCUCAGGGCUGGGGAGCUGAUCAUCAUCGUGGUGGUCCUGAUCAUGUGGGCAGGUGUGAUUGCGCUCUUCUGCCGUCAGUACGACAUCAUCAAAGACAACGAGCCAAACACCAACAAGGACAAAGCCAAGAACUCCUCAGAGUGCAGUACGCCGGAGCACCAGUCGGGGGGGCUGUUGCGCAGUAAGCAUCCCAGGAACAACAAUAACAACAACAGAACUCCGUCUGUCAACAUCAUCGAGGUGUGACCGCUGGGACGCCGUCUCUUUAUAAAGACUUUGUGUUCCUGCACAGGGGCAGGCCCGCCACUCUUUGUUUUUUCUGGCCAUGAGGCAGAGGGAACUCGUUGUUGGAGGAGGCUCCUCCCCUCCGAUAGGGGAGCGGGGCGCGGCUCUCCCCAGGCUCCUGAUCAUGGCCUGGC